AUGGGUGCCGUCGUCUCUUGCAUCCAAGCCGUCUUCCGGACCAUAGGUAACGUCCUAAUGGCCAUCGUGACGGGAAUCGGAAACAUCUUGCAAGCUAUUAUCGGCGGCAUCGUCUCCUUCUUCAAUAUCAUCAUCUCCUGUCUCACCUGCGGCCGCGCCGGCCGUCGGCGAGGC